AUGUCGAUCUUACUUAAACAAAAAUCUUCAUCCUAUGUUCGUGGUUUUAAAGUACCAAGAAAAUUGGAUAUUGACAAUGCUUUAGGAAAACUUGAUGAUAAUACUAUAAAAUCUAUUUUUACUGAAGAGUUUUGUGAAACAUUUGAUAGUCUACCUUUACCAAAGAAAGAAUCUGAUUGGCUUGCACAGAAUGCAGAAAAAGGACAAACUUAUAUGGAAUUUCUUCAGUUAUCUCGAACUCUUCAUACGAAAUCAUCUUCCCAUAGAAGAACAAUUUAUCUAACGGUGUUUGGACAAAUUGACAAUACAAUAUUUGAUAUUGAUAGUUUAAUCGAUUAUACUCAACGUUUUUUUCAAAUGCAAGUAAAAUUAAUUAAUCCAUUCAUUGAUGUUCAAUGGAAUGAUAAGAACAAUCAAUGGACAUGUACAAUGACUUUAAAUAAUGGUAAAAGUCGUAGUUUCAAUCUUCGUACACGUUACAAUGAAAAAACAAAACAUUCACAAAUUUGUGUUACAGGAAUUUUAAAUCUAUUAAAAAAAAUUGUACCAGAAGAUGCUCGAUGUCUCAUUGCACUAACAAUGUUUGAUCUCUAUGGUGAUGAUACAGAUUUAUUUAUUGCUGGUUUAGCUAUGGGCAAUUGUCGUGUGGCAGCAUUUUCACUCUAUCGAUAUGAUCCAUAUUUAACAUUUAAUGAAUCCGAUUGGUUUGAUUGUAAAUUGAAAAUUGCUACUAAAUCAAAGAAUCAAAUUGUUAAACGACGAAAUUUAUUAUUACUCAGAACUUGUCGUCUUUUGACACAUGAAAUAUGUCAUCUGUUUGGAAUUCCUCAUUGUAUUUUCUAUUCUUGUCUAGUCAAUGGAAGUGGAGAUCUCGACGAAGAUUUUGGUCAACCGCUACUUGAAUGUCCAAUUGAUUUGCGAAAACUUUAUUCAUUAAUCAAUUUCAAUAUUCAUACAAGAUAUGAACAAUUACUGGAAUUUUUUAAGAUGCAUAAUUUUCUUGAUGAAAUGAAAAUGGUUGAGACAAAACUCAAUGUUAUAAAACAUUUGAUGAAGUCCGAUUCUUCGGAAUUUAAUAGUAGUGGGAAUUUGAGUAAUUCUUUUACAUCGACGAAAAUUGCAAAAAGAAAACGUACUCAUAACAUUACUACGAAACAAGAUGUUCUUACGGCCACAGUAGCAGUAGCAGAAGACGAAGAACAAUCACAAACACCAGCGAAACAUUUAAAGCGCCAAUAA